AUGGGGGGCCCCCCAGAGGGGGCCCCUCCUUUAGGGGCCCCUAAGGGGGCCCCUGGGGGGACUCCCUUAGGGGGGCCCCUAGAGGUUAACGGGGGCCCCCUAGGGGGCCCCCCUGAGGAGCAGGAAGUGUAUGAGGUACUUUGUGCUUCGCUGUCUCCUGAGGUGCUUGUGGUGGACGGAGACACGCAGCAGCAGCAGGAGCAAGAGCAACAGCAGCAGCAGCAGCAGCAGCAGCAGCAGCAGCAGCAGGUCGGGUUCAAGCUGCUGCGGCAGGUCUUCUUCGGAGAUGUCAAUCCCAAGUCGGCGCCCCACAGAUACUUGCGGUGUAUAGACACCUGCUUUGCUGCCUACGAGGCGAUCAGCUGCGGCAGAAAACAGUCCCCACAGAGCUCAGCAGCAGCAGCAGCAGCAGCAGAAGCUGCAGCAGCAGAAGAGGGGAUGGCAGCAGCAGCACCACCUGAGCGGCAUGUGCCGCUGCUGCAGGCCGCGGGACAGGAAACGUGCGAGUGCAGCAGCAGCAGCAGCUGCUGCUGCUGCUGCAGCAGCAGCAAUGGUGCAGCCGCUUGGGCUCCCCUUUUUGUUAAUUCUCCAGGGUGGACAGUAGGCCUGGGGCAGCGUUUGCUGCCGCUGCUGCUGCAGCGCAGCAGCUGCUGCUCCUGCUUGCUGCUAGAAGAGGACCCUGAGGGGCCGCUGCUGCGGCAGCUGCUGCAGGAUGCGGGAGUAGAGACAGUGCAGCUCCAGCAGCAGCAGCAGCAGCAAAUGUUGCAGCAGCAGCAGCACGAUGAGGGGCAAGAGCAACAGCUGCUGCAGCAGCAGCAGGAAGAAACCGCUGAAGUGGUUGCCUCCGAACCUCGUCCCAGAAAGCGGAAGGAAGCAACGGCAACGGCAGCAACAGCAGCAACAGCAGCAACAGCAGCAGCAGCAACAACGACAGUAAACAAUACAGCUUUAUCGGCGGCCCGGAAUAAGAGAACCAGAACAACACCUGCUCCUUCAAGCAGCGGCAGCAGCGCAGCGCCAGCAGCAGCAGUGGCAGCAGCAACAGCAACAGAAUCAGGCACAGCACCAGCAGCAGCAGAAUCGGAAACCGCGGCAGCAGCACCAACAACAACAGAAGCAGCAGCAGUUGCAGCAGCAGCAGAAACAGAAACAGCAGCAGCAGCAGCAGAUUGGACGAAGGAAGUGAGGUGUAUAUACACUGCACUCUUUCCGGGCACCUUUCGCUACGUGCGGCUGCCCCACGACCCCCCAUGGUGCAGCAGCAGCAGCAGCAGCAGCAGCAGCGGUAGCAGCGGCAGCAGCAAGGAGGUGACUUCGAUCGCAGAAAUGCUGCGACAGAACAACCAACAGGAGACUCCGUUCAAGACGAGCGAGGAGUUCUUUCUGCCUCAGUCUUCGAGCCUCUGCGGCCUCUCGAUAAUUUCUCUUCCUUCAUUUCGUCUGCUGCAGCAUCGCGUCCUUGCUGUAGCAGCAGAGCAUUUAGCCUGGCAGCAGCAGCAACAGCAGCAGCAGCAGCAGCAGCAGCAGUUGCAAGUCCUUUACGGCAGCGGGCCCCUUGUGGAUGCCCCCAAGAGGAAUGGUCUAAAGUUCGCCAGGUGCAGCAGCUGCCGCUGCUUUGCGCUGCCUCCCAGCAGCAGCAGCAGCAGCAGCAGCAGCAGCAGAAAGGGGUGUUUGUCGAGUGUGGAUUGCUGCUUAUUGGAGACAUCUGGUUUGUCUCUUUUCCUUUAUUCUUUCUUUUCCUUUUUCUGUGCAUGUCCUUCUCCGGGCCCUGUCCCCUCCUCGUUAAGGUGGCUGCGAAUUGCUGCGCUGCUGCUGCAGCAGCAGCAGCUGCUGCUGCAGCAGCUGCUGCGCCCGAAGCCUCAGGAGCAGCAGCACUACCUUGCUGUCUCCCUCAGGUCCUGGCAGCAACUCUGUGCCCUUUUGCCCACAGAGCGUCCUCUUGUCUUACUGCUGCCCCUCCAGCAGCAGCAGCAGCAGCGGCAGCAGCAGCAGCGGCGGCAGCAGCAGCAGCAAAAGCUGAACUGCCAGGAGGAGGAGGAGCAGCAGCGGCAGCAGCACAAGCAGCAGCAGCAACUGGUUGCUCAGACGCUGCCCCUAAGCGAUGCAGAUCUGUCGUGGGAGUCGUUUUUGCUGCCGCUGCAGCAGCAGCUGCUGCUGCAGCCACAGCAGCAGCAGCAAGAACAGCUGCUGCUGCAGCCGUCCUUUACUGUGGUUUCUCUGAAGCUGCAGCAACUUCAAAUUGCUCUGCCGCAGCUGCCACCGCAGGAAUUUAUCCCUUCCUUGGCUGUUCAGCUGCUGCAGGCUCUGCCGCGCGCCACUGUCGCCUUGGCUUGGGAUCCGACUAGCGUGAGCUGCAGCAAACCCCUCCGAAGCAGCAGCAAGAGCAGCAGCAGCAGCAGCAGCAGCAGCCGCUGCUGCUGCUGCUGCGUCUCCUGCGUUGAGUCCCGUCGGGUGUCUGUACACCUCACAGCCAACGACUCCCACCUCCACCAAAUUUCCCUCGCCUUUAUUCUCCACGUAAAUCCCCAAACAGCAACAGCAGUGGCGCUUGUUCCUGCUGCUUUUUGCAGCGCAGCAGCUCUCAGCAAGUGCAACACAGUCAUCCUGAGCGAGGGUUUGCGCUUCUCGCCGCAGCUGCCUCACGCUCGCCAUUUGCGGGGGGCGCAAGCAAAGCAACUGGCAGCAGCAGAAACAGCAGCAGCAGCAGCAGCAGCAGCAGAUGCAGCAGCAGCAGCUGCUGCUCAAGCGGGGGGCCUUGUGCUGUGUAUAGAAAACCCAGCAGCAGCUACCGGGGUGUCUCUACACUGCAGCAAAAGAGGCACUGGGGGGCCCCCAGGCUGCUGCAGCAGCAGCAGCAGCAGCAGCAGCAGCUGGGGGUCCCCCGGCAACAGCAACCAGGGGCCCUCAGUUAGCUGCUACCCGUGGUGUCUCCUUCCUGCUUUAAGCCGCUGCACCUCUGCUGCUUUUCCUGAGCCUCCUACUCCAGCAGCAGCAGCAGCAGCAGCAGCUGCUGCUGCUGCAGCAGGGGAGCAGCGAAGCAAGAUGAACAGCACCGUGGGCGGCGGAGAAAUAGAAAGAGCAGCAGCAGCAGCAGCUGCUGCUGCUGCUGCUGCCGCAGAUAGUCUAGGUGUUGCUGAGGCUGCGGCAGUUAUGGAGGGGCUCAGCGCUUCUGCUGCUGCUGCCCCGUCUGCUGCAGCGGCAGCAGCAGCAGCUUCUGCUGCUGCUGCUGCUACUGCUCUGCCGUCUCUCGAGCUGUGCAGCCGCAGCAGUAAAACUCUCUUUCGCAGCUCCCCCUACCUCGCCCUCCUCAGCGGCAACAGCGACAGCAGCAGCAGCAGCAGCAGCAGCAGCAUCAGCUGGGGCCGCCGCAGGUCCACCCGGAGGAACCUGCAGCGCUUUGCUGCUAAGAUAAGGCCCGACGGGACUCACGCGAGAAAUGAAUAG